AUGACAUUCAGAACGCACCAAAGACAGUCCGAGGCCGCAAAGUCUGGUCCUCAGCCUGCGCCUGACUCCAAGUGCCCAACCAACCUCUUCUGGCGCGACUUCCGCGGGAAGCGGCAUGAUGUGGAGAUCAAAGGAUGCCCAACGGUCGAGCUGCUUCACAAGCAGAUCGCAGAGAAUAUGGACGCCGGCUCCUAUGGACUAAUGCUUGCGUGGCGUGGUCAUGUUUUGUACGACGAAGAUCUGCUAGCCGAGGUGUUGUUCCAGGCUUCCAACACAGACCAAGACCUCGAGUUCGAUAACAUGGACAGGGACUGCGUCAUGAACAGUACCGACAACGGGAUCAGCAUCGUUCUGAGUACGGAUCAUAAGCUUUGGGUUUCAGUCAGGUCUUUGCUAGAGUCUGAAACGGCGGAUAUCGAUCUGAGUGGAGACUCCAGGAUCGACAGUCUCGUCUUCGCCGUGCAGCGAGCUGUUGGAUACACUGUCGUUCGGGCUUAUCCGUGGACCUCGCUUCUGGAGGUGGCGCAGGCUUUCGACGAACGACUAGGUGACGCCAUAGCCCAGUCAGUCUACUUCCAUCAACAGAAGCCUGCUUUUGAUGGUGUUGAGUACUGUCGAUCUCAAGGUCAUGUUGUCAAGACAUUGAAGUUGGCAAAUGUAGGGCCUGGGUCGGUGAUGCGGCUGUUGAAGGUCAACCAUGACCAGUCUGGACAUUGGGUGUAUCAGUAA